AUGUCAAAAAUAAUCCAAUCCAGAAGCCACAAAGAAAUAAUAAGCUCUGCAAGCUUGAAGGCAGAAAUUAUCUACCAACCUUUGAAGCUGCAGAAAAAAAUGAUCGAAAAUUUUGAUGAAAAGCAAUCCAAGAGGCUUGAGUGCGUGAAUGGAUUAGUGUGAAUUGAUCCAGACACAAAUUUUCGUGAAAGUUUUUGUAAAGACCUAAUUUACAAUACACAAAUUGAAUUUCUCAUCGUCGUUGCAAUGUAUAAUGAAUCAAAAGAGCAUCUUACCCAUACGCUAAACGGUAUUUCAGAAAACCUUGAAGAGUUCAAGUGCGCUGGAAUCCCUCCUGAAAGAGUUUGUACAAUCAUCAUCGUUGAUGGGAUGGAGCCAUUUCUAAAAACUUUCUAUAAGCCUGAAGAAAAGUUCUAUUUUGAGCAGUUUUUUGAUGAAAAGAAAAUUAAGGACUUCUUCAAAGUCGAAAAUCUGCUGGACUGCAAAAUUCCUGAAGAAACUGAAGACGAUGAGUUUGCGCACUGUUUUAUGAAAACCCAUUAUAAUUAUAAGUACAAAUAUGGGAUGCAAACAAUCUUUUGUGUGAAGCAAAAAAACAGGAGAAAACUAAAUACGCAUUUAUGAUUCUUUGGAGGAUUUUGUGAGAUGUUUCAGCCAAAAUAUGUGAUGCUUCUCGAUGUUGGUACAAAACCUUUGCCUAAAUCAUUAUUUUACCUAUAUGAAGCCAUGGAAGAAGACGGGAGAAUUGCAGGAUGCUGCGGAGAAAUCACUCCGAUGGAGCCUAAUGUUUGAAGUUUGCUUCAAAUGGCUCACUCUCCCUUUUUAAUUGGAAAAAAUAUCAGUGAAAUCCACUUUCCUAGUAAGUUAACCUUCAAUUCGGAAUAAAUUGUAUUUUUUAUAUGUAAAAAUAAUAUAAUUUAGAUACAAAUCGCUCUAAUAGAUAAAUUAAAGUCACCAAAAUAUAAAUUUACCUAUCAGAUUUUCUAGUUUAAAAAUAGGAAUCAUAAAUAGAAUACUAUUUUAAAAAUUAAUUACUUUAAUUAGAUAUAUUUAUUAUUAAUUUAUACGCAGUAGCACAUUUACUAGUCGAUCGAUUUAACCAGCAUGUGUUUCUUGUUCUUAAAAAAUAAUUUGUUUUAAAAACAAAAAUAGGAUAUGUGCUAAAAUUGUAUAAUUUUUUUCAAAAAAAUUCCUUUUAAACUUAAAAAUUUUUAGUUUCAACACAAGGGGAGAGUUAAAUGGUCGAGUAUAAAAUAAGUCAUAUUUUUGAUAAGGCACUAGAAAGUGUAAUAGGAUAUAUCACUGUCUUGCCAGGAGCUUUCAGCGCUUACCGAUGGAAAGCUUUGCAAGGUGAUCCCUUAUGGGAAUUUUACUUCAAGUCUUUUUGCCAUCCUGAAAAGAUGGAUGCUUUUCACUCGAACAUUUACCUUGCCGAAGACAGAGUUCUUUGCCUAGCCCUUGUAAGUAAAAAAAACAAUGACUAUUUGUUGAGAUAUGUAAAAAAAUCAGUUGCAGAAACUGAUGUUCCUGAUAAACUUUCAGUCUUAAUGGCUCAAAGACGUAGAUGAAUAAAUGGAUCAUGGUUUGCAUUGAUCGAUACACUUAGGCGAGCAAGCUCCCUCUAUCAUUCCAAUCAUAGUCGGUUCAGAAAAUGUCUUUUCUUUAUCCAAAUGGUUUAUUAUGCAGUAAACGUGGCUUGCAGCUGAUUUAGUGUAGGCGCUUUCUUUUUAGCGUUCAAUAUAUCUAUGAGAAACUACUUUGAUGGUAAUUCAGCUCCUCAGUGGAUAGGCAACUUGUUCGUGUCAGUCUAUGUAACAGCAAUCAUUCUGAUUAUUUUUCUAUCACUUGGUGUUAAGCCCCGAAAAGCAGAAGAUGUAUAUAAAGUGAUUUCCUACUGCUAUGGCUUGUUUAUGGUCUUUACCAUUGCAAUGAUGAUUAUUUUCCUGUAUCAUUCUAUUCAGAAUUUCAAUUGGUUCCUUCCACUCAUAGUGGCUUCCUUUUUUAUCUUUGGAAUCACUAUGAUUCUUAAUUGCGCAGCCCUGAAAGUUGUCAAAGGGGUGGUGCAUUUUAUAUUACUGAGUCCAACCUAUAUAAAUGUCUUUCUAAUUUAUGCUAUUUGCAACUUUCAUGACUGCACUUGGGGAAAUAGACCUGACCAAAUGACUGUAGAAGAAAAAAAUAAGCUCGAAGAGUUCGAAGCCUUUCGCACACGGUGGGCUUCUGUCUGAGCCUUAUGUAAUUUAGCAUUUGUAUAUUAUUUGAAUAUUGCUGAUAAAGAAUCAUCCGAAAACCGUGAUAUGAAGUGGUUUAUUUACUCAAUUGGCUUCAUCGGAUUUGGAAUCUUGGCGUUCAGAUUUAUUGGAGCAAUGCUUUAUUUAAUGCAAGAGCAUUUCUGCACUCGCAUUAUGAAGCCAAAGAGUGAAAGUGAUUGGCAUAUUAAUGACUCCCCCUCCGUGAGUGAACAAAAAAAUUUUGUUCACUCACAGAGGGGGGUUAAUUCUUUUUUUAAAAAAAUAAUAUAUAAAUUUGAUAGAAAAUUUUUUUUUUCGAAAAAUUUUUAAAAAAUCCUAAUUUGCAAAAAUUGUGAAGCAAAUAUUAAUUUAAUUAUAAAAAUUUAUGUUUUAAAACGCAAUUUGUUUAAAAAUAAACAGAAUUAGCUGAGAUUUCAUUAUAUUAAUUAUUACUUAUAUAUCAAAUGUUUUUUCAUAAAAAAUUUUUCUAUUAAAAAAUUUUUUGUUCACUCACGGUGGGGUUUUAGUCAAAAAAUAGGGAUUUUUCUAAUGGUUUUGUUCACCCACGGAGGGGGAGAGUGAGGAAAAAGAAGAAAUUGUACUGAAUCAUAAAGAAGCCUCUAUCGUACCCUCUAUUAAUUAUGAGAAAAAGAGAUCCAGCUUAAUUUCGGAAGAAAACCAUUCAGAAAGGCAUAUGAAUAGCAUAGAAACGAAAGAAAAUCAAGAAAUUCAGCCUGUGUACAAGUUCAAAACGAUGAAAGUAGGCGCGAAAGACAAUUCCCCUAUUAAUGGCGAGGAAUAUUUGAACGAUAUCACAACGGAUAGAGAUGAAAGCGGAAUUCAAAAAAUAAGACGAAGAAAAACGCUUUUUGGCUUACUCGCGAAGAAAAAGUCUGAUUUAUAA